AUGUGCCGAAACCUGAGUGCGGUCGUAGGUAAUCCUGUUACAGCACCCACUUCGCGAGAUGCGAAGAGCGAGUCGCAGCUCAAGGCUACUCGAAAGAUUUUUCAAGCGAGGGACAUUGCGGAUAUACCUUAUGUAUUGAUGUUUCCCGAACGCAUAUUCACUACCUGCUACAAGCAGCGUAUCAAUACUGAUGCGCACCAUUCACAGCGUUUCUUUCUUGCAUCCUUCGUUCCAGCUUCAACCCAGCCUAACCUCCUCAACUAUAUCUGGUAUGCAGAUGUUCUCCAUUCUCCCCAAGUAUACCAUAACCUGUCCAGUAUCCGUCCAAUAUUCGCCUCGAUAUUCUUCAAAUCCCGGAAAUCGUUUCAAUAUCACAUUGCCUCUUGUAGCACUGUCCUGCUGCAUUGA